AUGCAGGAGUAUAUUGAUUUAGGUCAUAUGAAAUUGGUCCCUAAGGUUGAAAAGACAAAGGGAAAGUAUUAUAUUCCACAUCAUUGUGUUGUUAAAUCGGAAAGUGUUUCUACCAAAAUUCGAGUGGUAUAUAAUGCGUCUCAGAAAAGUCCCAGGCUUGGUAAAUCGUUGAAUGAUUGUUUAUUAGUCGGUCAUAAGCUACAACAGGACACCGUCUCGCUUUUGUUAAAUUUUAUACUUAAUCGUGUUGCGUUGUGUGCAGAUAUUCGUCAGAUGUAUCGUAAUAUUUUAGUAGUUCCUGAGCAUACGGAUUAUCAACGUGUGUUAUGGAGAUUGUCUAGCCAUGAGGAGAUUCAGGAAUAUCGUUUGUUAACUGUCACUUUUGGAGUUGUAUCCUCGCCGUAUCUCGCUCUAAGAACCCUUCAACAACUAAUGUUAGACGAAGGCUCUCGUUUUCCUAAAGCCGCCUCGCUCGUUUGUAAUGCUUCUUAUAUUGAUGAUUUUGUUUUCGGUGCCUCGGCGCUCGAAGAAGCACAAAGUCUAGUUGAAGAAUUAGUCGCUUUGUUGAAGUUAGGAGGCUUUGAGUUACGGAAAUGGUGUUCGAACGAACCCAAAUUGUUGUCGCAAUUUCCUGAAUCGCAUAUUACUCCUCAUUCUAUUAAUUUUGAUCCAGAAUCAAAUGGUCCUUCUUUAAAAAUCCUUGGUUUGAAGUGGAUUGCACAGUCCGAUGUCUUUCAAUUUGCAGUCAAAUUGCAGGAUGUCCCUUGUACCAAAAGAUCGUUUUUAUCCGAAUUAGCUCGAAUUUAUGACCCGUGUGGUUAUCUAACACCUAUUACCUUUUUCAUCAAACAUUUAAUCCAACGACUUUAA